CAGACCGCUGGGCUCUCCCCACUCUUCCUCUCUUCUCACCCUCUCUUCUCGUCUCUUCCUCUUGGCCUGAUCCUGACUGCCACCAUGGCGUACCCCCUGGAGAAGGCUCUGGAUGUGAUGGUGUCCACCUUCCACAAAUACUCUGGCAAGGAGGGUGACAAGUUCAAGCUCAACAAGUCAGAGCUAAAGGAGCUGCUGACCCGGGAGCUGCCCAGCUUCUUAGGGAAAAGGACGGAUGAUGCGGCCUUUCAGAGACUGAUGAGCAACUUGGACAGCAACAAGGACAAUGAAGUGGACUUCCAGGAGUACUGUGUCUUCCUGUCCUGUGUCGCCAUGAUGUGCAACGAGUUCUUUGAAGGCUUCCCGGAUAAGCAGCCCCGGAAGAAGUGAAUGCCCGUCAUGCGGGUGGGGGGCCUGCCAGCUGGGGUCUCGCCUGUUGGCAGUGGCCACAGGGCCUCACCCUGGCUCCAGCAGGUGUGUGCACGAUGUGGAUAAGUUCAAUAAAGAUUCUUGGAAGCUUU